AUGCUGUGGACUACGGAGCCAUACUCGUGGGAGACGUUGCCCGCAUCUUUCUGGGGUUGGACCUGGUCUCAAGCCGACAAUCUGACCGCGUCCGGGACCGACGGUUCUUUACAUCCGUCUAUUCCUGCACCGCAGGCGGCAGGGUGGCCCUUUGGAAGCGAGGCUGAACAGCCGCAGUAUCCGACUAGAAGCGGGGUCAUGCCCUUCUGGGGAGACGACUCCCAAGGGCUGUACCAUCUUAGUCCCUCCUUUGAUCCACCGGAGUCUAUUGCCUCGUCCGUCGCAGCCGGGUUGUCUUCUAUACCAGAGACUGGGCCACCAAGUUUCCCAAAUUUGUAUCGUGUGCAGCAGGCCGAAGAUGUCAGCUUGUCAAUCCCAACUGUUAUCCCAUUGCAAUCGCCUUCUUGGGAUCCAUUGGCGCCUGUUUCCGCAGCAUUGCCCAUGACAGACUUUUACCGCCGCAGCAUGCAUCAGGAACCAUCUGCGCCCGUCCCUGUGCGGAGCAUCGACUCACUAGUACCCCCAUGGCUACAGACUACGAUGGAUCACCAUGAAAUUAAAUCCAGCUCGUUCGAUGAUGUGGGUGCCAAUAGCCAGGACUCAUCGUGGAAUGUCAAGGUGCCGGAAGACCAGGUUGAGCAUCGCCAUUCGACCUAG